AUGGUCGAUCAGAGAACAGUUUUGUAUCUUCAAAAUGCCGCGGAUAGGUUGCGUAUUAACUGCAUCAAGUGCACCAGUGCUUCCAACUCUGGACAUCCUACUUCAUGUGCAUCCAUAGCGGAGAUAAUGGCUGUGCUAUUCCUGAAAGAGAUGAAGUAUAAGCCGACUGAUCCUCGAAAUCCCUCAAGUGACAGGUUCAUCCUAUCAAAGGGCCAUGCUGCACCUAUCCUGUAUGCGGCCUGGGCUGAAGUUGGAUUAUUAAAAGACGAAGACCUACUCAACUUGAGAAAAAUAGACUCAGACCUAGAAGGCCAUCCAACUCCGGUAACUCUGACUACUUUUGUUAUAUGCUUUCAGCGUUUGAGUUUCGUCGAUGUCGCCACAGGGUCGUUGGGACAGGGAUUGAGUAAUGCUGCUGGGAUGGCGUAUGUGGGGAAGUACAUCGACAAAGCCAGCUACCGGGUGUACUGUAUAGUUGGUGAUGGCGAAUCCGCUGAGGGGAGUAUCUGGGAGGCAAUGGCAUUUGCUUCAUACUACAAGUUGGAUAACCUAACUAUGCUAAUCGACGUUAAUCGGCUUGGUCAAAGUCAGCCCACCAUGCUUGAGCAUGACCUUGACACAUACAGAAGACGCGUAGAUGCUUUCGGGUGGCAUGGUAUAGUUGUCGAUGGACAUAACAUAACCGAACUUCUAUCUGCCUUCGCUGUGGCCCGUUCAACUAAGGACAAGCCCACUGCAAUCGUUUGUAAAACCUUUAAAGGUGCCGGUUUCCCGAAUAUAGAGAACGAAGAAAACUGGCAUGGCAAGCCACUCGGUUCUAGUGCUGCCGAGGUUAUCAAACACCUAGAGGCCAAGAUACGUUGCGGACCGGCUGGAGAUAUGGAUUCUAGGGGUAAAUUACAUCCCGAAGCCCCACUUGCCGACUGUACUCCACUCAAGCUAAUAGGAAACGUCAGUUUGCCAUCGCCUCCACAAUAUAAAUUGGGAGAACAGGUUGCUACUCGGUUGGCCUACGGUAAUGCUCUUGCCCGUUUGGGUGCCGCCUGCAAUCGUGUGAUCGGUUUGGAUGGCGAUACCAAAAACUCGACAUUCAGUAUCAAACUUCGCGAUUCCAGACCAGAACAGUUCAUCGAGUGCUUCAUUGCUGAACAGAACCUAGUAGGUGUCGGUAUCGGCUGCGCCAUACGUCAACGUACCAUUCCGUUUGUGAGCACUUUCGGAGCUUUCCUUACCAGAGCUUUCGAUCAGAUCAGAAUGGGAGCAAUAUCCCAAACCAAUUGCAACUUUUCCGGCUCGCACUGUGGCGUUAGCAUCGGUGAAGAUGGACCUAGCCAGAUGGCUUUGGAAGAUUUAGCAAUGUUCCGAUCUGUACUGGGUUCAACUGUAUUUUACCCUUCCGAUGCGGUGUCAACUGAAAGAGCAGUUGAGUUAGCCGCAAAUACUCUGGGGAUUUGCUUCAUCCGUACUGGCCGACCGAACCACCCAGUGAUAUACAAUCCCAAUGAGACGUUUGCCAUCGGACACGGAAAAGUUGUGCGAAGUUCCGGUCCGAAGUCAGAUCGCGUAACUAUUGUCGCUGCCGGCGUUACCCUAUUUGAGUCACUCAAAGCAGCAGAACUUCUGGCAAACGAUGGAAUCGAGGUGCGUGUUAUUGACCCAUUCACAAUCAAACCGAUGGAUACUGAGUUGCUGCGCAAAUCUGUUGAAGAAACAUGCAACCACCUGGUUACAGUCGAAGAUCAUGCACCCGAAGGUGGAAUAGGCGAUGCAGUGGAGCAAGCUCUUUCUCAGGUAGGCGUACCUCACACCGUCCAUCGGAUGGCUGUACGUGAAGUUCCUCGCUCUGGAAAACCAGAAGAGCUUCUUCAUAAAUACGGUAUCGAUAAGAAUGCAAUCUAUCUUCUUGUGAAGAAAGUAGUUAGCUGUCUUCCUUCACACUAAAUUGGAUUUUCUCAUCUGACUGGCAUUCCAAAUCGAUCAGUACAAUAGAUUGGUGUUUUUUGCUAUCCAUUUCUUCUUCCC